GGGGUUCCAGGAAUCUGGACUUCUAAACACCUUGCGUUGUGUCUGAGAAUAACCAAAAAUGACUAAUUAUGCACGAGGCUUUGGAGAAUAUGACUCUGAUUUUAGUGACGAAGAUGAUGGCAAAGAAAAAGAUGCUGACAGAAGCAGGUUAAAGAAGGAUGAAGCAUUACUUAAGAAGCCCUUUCAGAAAGACAGACAUGUAAAGGUUGCUCACAAAAAGGUUGCCGCUGAUGAAUGGGACAGGGAAGAAGCAAGAAAUCGAAGAGUCCACUUAAUAUCCAUGGAUGCUUUUGCCAGACACCAGAAAUAUGUCAACGAUUACAUUUUGUACUAUGGUGGAAAACUGCAAGAUUUCCAGCAUUCAAAAGAAAGUAAUAAAACAGAUUUGGAUGUCAUUAGAGAAAACCACAGAUUCCUGUGGGAGGAAGAAGAUGAGGACGACAUGACUUGGGAGAAGAAACUUGCAAAGAAAUACUAUGAUAAAUUGUUCAAAGAAUAUUGCAUAGCAGAUCUUAGCAGAUACAAGGAAAACAAGUUUGGGUUUCGAUGGCGAGUGGAAAAAGAAGUUAUCGCUGGAAAAGGUCAAUUUUCCUGUGGAAACAAGCGCUGUGACGAAAAAGAAGGCCUUAAGAGUUGGGAGGUGAAUUUUGGAUACGAGGAACAUGGAGAAAAGAGAAAUGCCCUGGUGAAAUUAAGGCUUUGUCCUGAAUGCUCGUGCAGACUCAAUUUCCAUCACAGGAGGCGAGAAAUUCAGCCGACUACUAAAAAAAGGAAAGCAAAAACAGAGAGAGAAGAAUCCUCUAGAAAAAAGAAGAAAACAUCCCAUUCUCAAAAGAACACAAACACUAAAGACCAUCCUACAGAAAAACAUACAAACUCCAGUGAAACAGAUUCUUCAGACACAGAUGGGGGUGAAGGAGGAGAUGACAAAACAGACAGUGAAUUCUGGAAAGGUGCCACCCAUGAAACAGAUGAAAAAACCCGGGAAGAAGAAUUUGAUGACUACUUUCAGGAUAUGUUUCUGUAAUUGGAAUAAAGAAGACCUUUUUAUUAA